AUGGCAGCAAUUCCAUCAGGUGGUUCUCUCAUUGCCACUCAUGACUACUACAGACGACGUCUGGGGUCUAACUCCAGCAACAGCUCGUGUGGCAGUGCUGAGUACACAGGCGAGGUCAUUCCACACCACCCAGCUCUUCCCAGGCAGGACUCGGGACAUUGGUGGACAUCCUUUUUCUUCUCAAAACCAAACAUGCCCAGCGGGUCCGAAUCUCAAAAAAAUGGCUCAUACACAGUGGCCAAUGGUCAGGUGACGUGCGUAGCCAGGGAGAUGGUCCUCAAGAGGCAAGUCAGCGAAACCAGCGACAGCGGGAAGUUCGAACCCUCGCCUCCCUCCAGCAAUCCUCCAACUUCUUCAUAA